CCUCCGCGGUCGACCGCGGUGGAGCGCAGAGGAAUUUUCCCCGUGAGCGGCCCGGGCUCAGUUCAGCAGCUGUCCAGAUCCCGGUCGGCGAUAGUGUCGCCUCCAGCCCUUCUCCUACCGCCCGCCCGUCCGUUCGAGCGCCCCCAGCCCUCCCGCGAGGGCGCCCCGGGACGGAAGGAACCACCAGCCUGUCGGCGCCCGCCGUUCUCGUGGUCGCCGUCGCCGUCGUCGUUGUGGUAGUCUCCGCCGUCGCCUGGGCCAUGGCCAAUUACAUCCACGUCCCACCCGGCUCCCCGGAGGUGCCCAAGCUGAACGUCACUGUUCAAGACCAGGAAGAACAGCGCUGCCGGGAGGGGGCCUUGAGCCUCCUGCAACACCUGCGGCCGCACUGGGACCCUCAGGAGGUGACCCUGCAGCUCUUCACAGAUGGAAUCACAAAUAAACUUAUUGGCUGUUAUGUGGGUAAUACCAUGGAAGAUGGUCUGGUGAGAAUUUAUGGCAAUAAGAAUGAGUUGUUGGUUGAUCGAGAUGAAGAAGUGAAGAGUUUUCGAGUGUUGCAGGCUCAUGGCUGUGCACCACAACUCUACUGUACCUUCAAUAAUGGACUAUGCUAUGAAUUUAUACAGGGAGAAGCAUUGGAUCCAAAGCAUGUCUGCAACCCAGCCAUUUUCAGGCUGAUAGCGCGCCAGCUUGCUAAAAUCCAUGCUAUCCAUGCACACAAUGGCUGGAUUCCCAAAUCUAAUCUGUGGCUCAAGAUGGGAAAAUAUUUCUCUCUCAUUCCCACAGGAUUUGCAGAUGAAGACAUCAAUAAAAGGUUCCUAAGUGAUAUCCCAAGCUCUCAGAUUCUUAAGGAAGAGAUGACUUGGAUGAAGGAAAUUCUUUCCAACCUGGGCUCUCCUGUUGUGCUUUGCCACAAUGACCUAUUGUGUAAGAAUAUAAUCUACAAUGAGAAACAAGGUGAUGUACAGUUCAUUGAUUAUGAAUAUUCUGGAUACAACUACCUGGCAUAUGAUAUUGGAAAUCAUUUCAAUGAAUUCGCAGGUGUAAGUGAUGUAGACUAUAGUCUCUAUCCAGAUAGAGAACUACAGGGCCAGUGGCUGCGUUCUUACCUUGAAGCAUACAAGGAAUAUAAAGGGUUUGGGACUGAAGUUACUGAAAAGGAGGUAGAAAUACUCUUCAUUCAAGUCAAUCAGUUUGCAUUGGCUUCUCAUUUCUUUUGGGGAUUGUGGGCUUUGAUUCAAGCCAAAUAUUCUACUAUUGAGUUUGAUUUUCUUGGGUAUGCAAUUGUUCGUUUUAACCAGUACUUUAAAAUGAAACCUGAGGUUACUGCAUUAAAAGUGCCUGAGUAAAGAAGAGAUUUAAUUAUUCUCAAGUAGCCGAGCAAUGCUUGUGAAUUGUUUUCUUAAGAAAUUCCAAAAAGCCAAUAUUUGUUAAAAUUCUGUUACUUAAUUUGGUUAUCUUGCUUUACAAAUUAUGCCUCAACCAACCGAUCUAUUUUUUAAAUAGACUGAGCAGUGUCACAAAGUAUACGUACCUACUGCUAUCAGUAUGUGGUGGAUUAGAAAUUUGUUAAAUCUGCAAAAGGUAUAAAGAUGUCAGUUUAAGCCUUUCUGUGAUAAUUUAAUCUGUUAUAUGUGAAUUAUUUAUUAUAAAUUUAACAUGAUCUGUGACUUCUUUCAUCUGAUUCAUCUGUUUGUUGAGUGUAUGCAAUGAAAAUGUUCCAGAGAAAUUUAAGUUUUAUGUUAAUAAGAUUAAUUUUAGAAACUUUCUGGUUGUUCAUUGUAACCUUUUUAUCUUGAUUCACUCGAAGUAAAAUGAAUUACUUACUCUUGAAAUAUCAGUCAUUGAUUGGUAUAGAUAAUGUUAGGGUGUUCAUAUAAAAAUAUCUGCUUAGAAGGGAAAAAUGCAUUUACGAUUCUGUUGGUGGUUUGUUUUGAAUUGAAUAUUGGAAAACAUUUUCCUUUGGGGAAUUACAACUUAGAAUUAAAUUCUUGUCUCUUUAUGUGGUCUGGAAGUAUAUUUACCACAUAACUCUGGAAUAAGAAUAAUGACUUGAUGUUACCAAAAUCUGUAGUUUGUAAUGUUUUCAAAUGUUAAAUGUGGACAUUGAAGUUACUAGUUUCAGGUUUUAAAAUUUCAUGAUAUCAAAUUGUUUCUAACCCCAAAUUUUGUUUUACUUAAUUGAGAUACUCUGUUUUCAUUUAUUACAUAAUAGCUUGUAUUGUUAGUUUUUGAAACAAAUACACAAAGUUGUUAUUCUUGUAAACAAGAAAAUAUCAUUUAGAUUGAUUCUUUUUUAAAAAUCUGUUCAGAUUCAUUCCUUUUUUGGUUUCAUGUUUUACUUUGGGUCCUGUCUUUAGAGUGAUAGCAGAUAAAUUACUUGAUACCUGUAAUUUCAGAGUAAUAUGUUGAGGCAGUUAAAUGAGUUAAAUAAGGAAUAUGGAGGACACUGAUCUCUUGUAUACUUAAAAUCUGACAAACAACAAAAUGUGAAUUAAGCAGAAAGACUUGUGAUAAGAGGGCUUCUGUUGUUUUGAUGUGUCUUUUUUUUUUAAGUACGUAUUUGUUUUGGGGUGAGAGGGAGGCAGUUAUAUGGAAGAAAGUUAGAUCUUUGGGGGUAGAUAGGAAGGCUUCAAGUUUUGAAGACUGCUCUGUGGAGUUGAGCAGUCAUGGUUAACUUUACUUAGAAAAUUAGUCUGACAGGCUUUGCACUUUCGUCACGUAAGUGCUCAUGUACAGAGUUGGCUUACUGGAUCUGCAUAUUUAAAGUAUGCAACUACAAAUUUAUCCUCUGAGAAAUCUUCUGGGGAGUCUGAUAUAUUAUUCCAAAUGACUUAUAUUCUCAGACAAGUGCUUUAAAAUACUUGGAUUAUCUCAAGAUAAUAAAGUAAGUAGAAACACUUAAAGGCCAUUUAAAAUGGUACAUUCUAGUUACAUAAAUAGAAUCUUAAAAUAUGUUUGUAUUUGUAACAGUGUUAGAGCAAAAUUUGGUUUCUACCUCCCCAAUGUUAUAAAUGUUCACUUUUGUUUUUAUAAACCAUAUUAUUGUAAGAUCAAUAAAAUUUUACUUAGUUGAUUAAAUGAAUGGAACCAAUUAAAUAAUUAAUAGCUUUUUAUAAUGUUAAAAUGAACUCAAAAAUUGUUUUUGGGUGGAAUUUUCAUCUGUUGUUGGAACAUUAGCUUAGAAUGAUGAAGAAUAUGUAAUGCUAAUGUAAUUGAUUUUUUGCUUUCUGCCUUUUAAAGUCCAAGAGUAUAUAUCUUGUACUACUAUGGGAGGAAAUAAGAUCACUUUUCUACCUUACUUCAUAAUCUUACUUCAAACUGUUUAUUGAGUGGAGAUUCACUGAGCCUUUGUUGGUAGACUGUGCUUAGCUGCUAGCUGUGAUACUAAGGGUUUCAGAGAGAUCCGUAUAGGGUUGAAUGUAGUCAGGAAUAAAGGCUGUCACUUUAGUCCUGGAAGAAGUAUGCAUUGGAUCUUGGGAACAAGUUAGGAUACUUAAACUGAUGCCCUCAUUCUGUCUAAACUUGGGGUGUUGUGAUGCUCCUUCUUCCUGUACAGGUUUUGGGGAUCAUGGUGCAGACUAACAAUAGGGUUCAAAAUCGCUUCUCUUUAUAUUGACCAUUUAAGGGAUUCUAAAGAAGAGUAAAUCUCAACAGCACUCUAAAAUCAUCCCUCCAAAAUUUGUCUUGUGGCUUGCUGAGAUAUCAGUUGCCUUUUUUUGUUAAGCUAAGGAACUUGAAUGCCUUACCUAAUCACUCAACUGGUAGUAAGCUCAUUUUGUAUAUAUGAAAAUGGUUGUUAGAAGUGGCUUUCAUAUAUGUUCAAUGUUAGUCAAUAGACCAUAGUGGCCUCAAUGCUUUUAACAAGCAAAAUUCCACCCCCUCCUUUUUUCCCCCCUUAUAUAUUUGUAUGAUCUUACCUAACCAAUGAUAUUUGAUUUUUUUUUUUUUCCUUUCCUGACCCCGUGCUACCAACAUUUUCUGGAAAUCAAAGAGAUGUGGUAGCAAAUCAUACUGUUGACAUGAUCAUAUGAGAUCAAUAUGAGCACAAAACUCAUCAACUAGGUCUGCCUGGAAUGUGUAUAAAGCAGUGUAAAUAAAAAUUUGUAAAUAAGUGUGAAUUGUAUCUUGCAUAUGAGAUUGUGUAUUGUUUUGCAUUCUCUUCCCUUUUGUAGACAUUUUUCUGUCAGGAAAUGAAUCUAGUUCAUUGCUUUUAGACUGAAAAUAGCCAACAGUUAUGGCUGAACAGUAAGGUAACAGGAACUGGAAGUAGGGUUUUAUCAGCUUUGGUUAAUGUCAGUAAUUAUUUAUUUAGCCUCUCAGUGCCUAAUAAGACUUUUCUCCAUUUUUUAGUUGGCCGUCAAUUAUUGUAAGGUUAGCUUCCUGGAAGCAGUGGAUUUAUGUACUGUUACAUUAUUAGAGUUUCAUUCUUUGAGUCAUGAUUCUACUAAACUAAAGGAAAUUGAAAAUACAGCUUAAUGAUUACAUACUGAAGUAUUACCUUUUCCUGUUUGUGGAAAUAUUUUUGUUAAUAUUUUCUACAAAAAAAAAAAACCCUUUGAAGUUUAAUGUGACUCUAAA